UGGUCAAACCCACGACCCUAAACAGCACCCGGAGAGAGAGAGAGAGGGAGAGAUAGAGGGAGAAAUAGAGGGAGAGAGAGAAGAGCUGCAGCAGAAGCGUCGCAGCCUGCCAGCCCCGCUCUCCGCCUGCAUGGGCUAGUCGGUUAGCUAGCUUUAGCAUCGUCCGAGCCGCCGCGCCGCUUCCCCCCUUCUCCUGCCGCUGAGGAAUUCACGGUCCCCCGGCUCUGCUGCGUUGUUUGCUCCGUGCCUGCCCUCCCCUGUUUCCCCCCUCUGCCCGGCUUCAAGAUGAUGAAGUUCAGGUUCCGUCGGCAGGGCACCGACCCGCAGAGAGAGAAGAUAAAACAGGAGCUGUUCGCCUUCAACAAGACUGUGGAGCAUGGAUUCCCCCAUCAGCCCAGUGCCUUGGCCUUUGACCCCAAGCUGCAGCUCAUGGCCAUCGGCACAAAGUCAGGAGCCAUCAAAAUCUAUGGCGCCCCCGGUGUGGAGUUCACAGGACUGCACAAAGACACCACUGCUGUCACACAGAUGCACUUCCUGCCUGGACAGGGCCGUCUACUGUCGCUGCUGGAUGACAACACGAUUCACCUGUGGGAGCUGGUGGCCGGGCCCCCCAGAGAAGUGGGAGGGGUUAAGAGAGAGGGCAUGGUGUGCCUGCAGGAAGUCUGCAGCUACAGCCUCCCAGGGAGACCGGGCAUUGAGAGUUGCAGUGCCACUCGGGUGACAGUCCUCCUCCUGCUGAGGUCAUGUGAGCUGCUCUGCGUCGGGACUGAGGGAGGGGGCGUAUACUUCCUGGAUUUGCCACGCCUUUCCCUGAAGGACGGCCAGACGCUGCUCCAGGACCAGGUCACGCAGAGCCUGCCAGAGGAUUACAGAUGUGGAAAAUCUCUGGGGCCGGUGGAAUCUCUUCAGGAACACCCCCAGCAGCCAGGGAAGAUUCUGAUUGGCUACAGCCGAGGACUGGUGGUCCUAUGGGAUUUGAGCACGCGACAUGCCAACCACCUCUUCCUGGGCAAACAGCAGCUGGAGAGUCUGGUGUGGGAACGUUCUGGAAACUCGUUUGUUAGUUCCCAUAGUGAUGGGGGCUACUCUGUGUGGGCUGUUGCCAGCGGCAACCCCUACACUCACCAACCAGUGUCUUCCAGUAUCCCAUAUGGUCCAUUCCCCUGUAAGGCCAUCAACAAGAUCCUGUGGAGGACAGCACAGUCAGGUUCUCCAGUGCUGUUGUACAGUGGAGGGAUGCCGAGGGCCAGCUACGGUGACCGCCAUUGUCUGACCAUCCAGCAAGACAAAGAGCACGUCACCCUCGACUUCACAUCCAGAGUCAUCGACUUUUUCACUGUCCACAGUGUAGAGCUAGAGAAAGAGUUCGACGACCCGUCGGCCUUGGUGGUCCUAUUAGAGGAGGAGCUGGUUGUUAUUGACCUGCAGACUCCCGGGUGGCCCUCUCUGCCCACGCCCUACCUGGCUCCUCUCCACUCCUCGGCCAUCACCUGCUCCUGCCACGUGUCCAAUGUUCCCCCCAAACUCUGGGAGAGGCUGGUCAACGCUGGAAAAGCCCAGCAAGGCCAGCAGCACACGCACAGGAGCUGGCCCAUAUGUGGAGGGAAAAACAUGGCCCCUCUACCCAAACAACAGGAGCUGCUAUUGACGGGACAUGAGGAUGGUACAGUGCGUUUCUGGGAUGCAUCAGGCGUCGCUCUUACUCCAAUAUACAAGCUCAGUACAGCCAGCGUCUUCCACACCGACUGCGACCCUAGCGACGACCCCCAGGACCCUAGCAACGACCCCGACGCUCAGCAGGAGGAGGAGUGGCCUCCCUUCAGGAAGGUGGGCUGUUUUGACCCGUACAGUGAUGACCCCAGGCUGGGCAUCCAGAAGAUCAGCCUGUGUAAAUACAGCAACAAGCUGGUGGUGGCUGGAACUGCUGGACAGGUGAUUGUUCUGGGUCUGAGUGACGAGCGUUCGGACCACCUGGUGGACGUGUCAGUGGUCGACCUGCUGCAGGACCGGGAGGGCUUCACUUGGAAGGGUCACGACAGGCUGGAGCCACGCCUUAAACCCGCCCCCUUCCCCCCAGGAUUCCAGCCGUUGGUGCUUGUCCAGUGCCUGCCUCCAGCCUCUGUCACCGCGGUAACGCUGCACGCCGAGUGGAAUCUGAUCGCCUUCGGGACGAGUCAUGGCUUUGGGCUGUUUGACUACCACAGACGCAAUGCCGUGCUGGCCAGGUGUACCCUGCACCCUAAUGACUCCCUGGCGAUGGAGGGUCCUCUAUCCAGAGUCAAGUCCCUGAAGAAGUCCCUACGACAGAGCUUCAGACGCAUCCGCAAGAGCAGGGUGUCGGGGAAAAAACGCGCCAUCAGCACACCUACUAGCAAGGUCCAGGAGGCUAACGCUGCCUUAGCGGAGCAGGAGGAAGUGGCACCGGUACAGCGGAGGAUUGAACCGCGGUCAGCGGACGAUUCGCUGUCUGGAGUGGUCCGAUGUCUGUGUUUCGCCGACACCUUCCUACGAGACGGUACGCACCACGGCCCCACAUUAUGGGCGGGCACCAACUCGGGCAGCGUGUAUGCUUACGCUCUGGAGGUGCCUGGCGUGGGCUUGGGGCGUGUGUGUGAGCGGAGCGGGGCAGGUGAGGGCAGUGCGUGUGCAGAGGCGGUACUGGGUAAAGAGAUCCAGCUGAUGCACCGGGCGCCCGUGGUGUCCAUCUGCGUGUUGGAUGGCCGGGGGAAACCCCUGCCCGACCCGUACGAAGCCUCCCGGGACCUCGCCACUGCACCAGACAUGACCAACGCUCACUCUGUGCUCAUCGCCUCGGAGGAACAGCUGAAGGUGUUCUCUCUCCCCAAGGUGAGCGCUAAGACCAAGUUCAAGCUGACGGCCCACGAAGGCUGCCGGGUGAGGAAGGUGGCCAUGGUGGUCUUCAGCUCCACCGCCCAGGAAGACUACAGCGAGCACACACUGGUGUGUCUCACCAACCUGGGAGACAUGCACCUCUUCAGCAUACCGGGCCUGCGACCACAGGUGCGCUAUGACUGCAUCCGGAAAGAAGACAUCAGCGGCAUUGCAUCCUGUGUCUUCACAAAGAAUGGACAAGGGUUCUACCUGAUCUCUCCUUCAGAGUAUGAGAGGUUCUCCCUGUCUGCUAAGGUCCUCACUGAGCCACUCUGCUCGAUUCACCUGGACCGACCGCUGGAGCCCACACCUGCCAGUGAUGGUCCAGCAGCACAACCCCAGGCCAAUGGAACCCACAAGAACCAGACGAGUCAGGCUGAGGGACAAACAGAGGAGCCCCCGAGCACCCUGUCCUCCCCCCUCCUGGACACCCCGCUGGACUCACCCCUCAGCUGUGCUGACCUCACCCUCGACUCCACCGGAGAGCUCACCGUGGAAGACGUCAGGGAUUUCCUAACCACUGUGGACGAGGCAGAGAAUAACCUGAAGAACAUCAAAGAGGAGGAAGGACGCUCCACUGGUAUCCUCAUCAACUGAACAGUAUUACAGGGAGGGGUUGAAGUGGUCUGGAGCAACAUAACUGGAUUGAAUAACAGUUCCAAACUACAGAUGAACAGAGACCAACAUUUGGACGGAUCAGCGGUGGAGUGGCCCCCUCCCUCCUCGAACUCUCCCAGUCACCCACCACCCCACUGUAGAGAAGCCCAGCCAGCACUCUUUUCCCAUCAUCCUCAGCUCUUUCCCAUCAAUCUGGCACAAACUGGGAGGAAAGCUCUUAUGUGGGCAAAGGAUAAAAACAGGAAAACUCUUUUUGGGGCACCUCUCACAGGAAGGACGAUAUCCCUACGUAACUUUGGACACAUGGCAUCACCUAACGGAUUGAGACGCAGAGACACAGCAGUGACCACAAAUGCCCAGCACAGCCUAGUUCUGGAUGGACUGGUAGCUGAUGACUCAUUCCCGUUUUCAAGAUCGGAGGCUAAAGUUUUCAUCGCCCUUCUCGGCGGUCUGCAUCGUCGGACCUCCUGCACCUUUGCCCCGGUGGCACUUCUCAGUUACUGGGUGCUCCUCAGCCAAUCGAGGCAGUCAGGGUCAAUGCCUCAGCCUAUUAGGAAAGGGCUGCUUCUUUCUGAUAAGGCGAAUUAAUGGUCAUGUUUCUGUAGUUGUAUUUUUUUAUUAACAGAAGUGUUGUGCCAUGUUGGAAUCGUUUUGGGGUGCGUUUGAGGUCUCCCCACAGUUGGAACUGGAAUCGGUGCUCAAUUGCUAAAUGCCCUUGUUAAUAGCUGUGCAUGCCAGUGGAAAUACUGGAUCGUGACGCACACCACACCACAGCCCUCUGAACCACCCCCGUUCAUGAACUGAGAAUCUCUAACAAAGACUGAAAGGGAACAUUGUAGCGUUCAAGAGAGCAAGACUCUUUUUUUCGCAAAAUGAAGUAUUUUGAAUAUCUGAGUAUCGGAGGUUGUAGCAUUCCUCUUCUUCCUAGCCCAGGUGCCAGUGAGGGCAGUUGAUUUGCCUUACCUAGUGUCCGGUGUGGGUGGGGUCUGGUGCCUUCGCAGCCACCCUGUUGUUCCUAAAGGGCCAAAUCCUGUGCACUCAUUUGCUUGGUGAUAGAAGUCAAAGACGCCUAGAAUUAGCACUGUUGAGGACUGAAGGACAAUAUGUUGUUGUCACGCACAAGCAUACCAUCUCCAAGGUUACCCAGCCAUGUGUCUACUGGUGUUGUAUCACAUGAAGGAACAAACCAAGCACUGCAGAAAUGAAGGUAUUUUGUAUCGAGAAGACUGAUGCUCAGUUAAGAUGUUUUGUAUGGCUUUGGGGAAAGAAAAGGUAUUUUAUAAUUCAGAGAUAUAAUGGGCAGGGAAAGAAGAAAUAGGGGUCAAGUUUUACGUUCUCUGUCUGGGCCAGACUGCUUUCAGAGGGAGGGAGCUGGGCUGUGAAGAGGGAGGGGAAGGAGGUGCAUCUGUACGUCUCUUGGGGAUUUGGAUCAGACUUGGGUUGAAUAAUAUUUCUGACAUCUUUUGAAAUACCUUUGGGCUUUGAUCUGAGGCUUACCUUUAGUGCCAAAUGGUUUGGCUGAGAUCACAAGCACAUUGCUGCUUGUGUUAAAAUCAAUUUGAAGAUGUUUUAGUUAAUUCUGUGUGCCAGGCAAAGUCAGUCAAGGCCAAAUUAGCCCAGGUUUAAAUUAAUGUGAUCUAAUUUAUAUGAAAGUGAGGAGGUCAAAGGAUUGGACAAUGAUAUCGCUGGAGUAUGACAUGGAGGCUUCUUGGGACAUCAGCACCUACUCUUUGGUUACUCGUCUUGGUGAGGUUUAAGGUCAAUGUGACUGUGAUCUGACAGAUUAAUAUAUCACAGCGAUAACCUGCAGAAAGAGAGUUCUUCAUGAUUGGUGUUAGUGAGUCUUAAUUAGGUUUCUGGUCAUGUCCAGCACUGGUUGGGCAAAAAAUCAGAUGAUGUGCAUUUGCCUGUCUGGUUCUGUUCCAGUAGUGUAAAACAAAAGGAAGUAGUUGAGGGUAAAGGAUGUAGUUGAAGUAGAGGUUGUUUUCAGAUCAUGUCAGGUCCUCCCUCCUCUGUUAAGUCCAUUGACAUCUCAUGCAGGAAUCUGUUUGCAGGAGGGAGACUCAGGGAAAAGUGGCAAGGGAAGCAAAGUCAGUCUGAGAAGGAAACGUAGUAAAAUGUGCACUGAAAUACACUCAGAUGACAUCGAUGGGUUUCUGUGAAGCAGUGCAUUCUGGGUAACUUUGGCUAGAUAUAAAGGAAAAGCUUGGAUCCCCAGUAUUUUAACCCCCUUUUUUUAAGUUUUACUGUGUAUAAAAAAACAAAAAACAAAAACAAGAUAUAUAUCUAUAUAUAGGUUUACAGCCUUGAAGAGACAGGUUUAUUACACCGAGCUGACAAUGGAAUAGAACGUUAGAACCUUCUAGAACUUGUCCUAGCCUAGAAACCGCGCAGUAUUCCAUGCUUAUUGAUCACCUCAUGUAAAAAAAAUAAAUAAAUAAAUAAGGGACCUCACUACUAACUUAUGUAGCUCAGCCGAUAGGAGUUGUGAUGAUAAUGCCUUUUUAUAUGUUUUUGGUAGCUUUUUGGUUGGUGGGGGGUGGGAGGGGGUCUUGUUGACACACAAAAAAUUAACCCUUUCAUGCUACAGCUGGCACGAUUUACCAUAUGGCUCCACCAACAUGUUGAAUUUGUUUCUACUCGGUCAUUCAUUUUGUGUGUAGGAUUUUAAUUGGGUCAUUUAGCAUUUGGCUGAUGGAGAAUUGUGAAUGUUAAUAAAGUAUUUACUCUCUCAACA